AUGAAGUAAAAAUAGAGGAGGGGACUGUGCGGGGCUCUGUUGGUGUGCCACUGGCCAAGGAGGCGCCAUCUAAGCUGGAGGGUUUGCACAGUAACCCAACCCAGAACAAACCCGGAGUUAAAGUUACCAGCCGGUGGCUUGGUGAGGCUCGGGCUAAGGGACUGCAGGCCAGCGAGAGGGUGGCUCUCCAGGGGCACGGCGGGGGACGGAACGAUGAACUUCCCACUGGGCCGCAAGCUGCUGCCGGGUGAGACCGGCCCCAACGAGAGCCUGGAGAAGCAGCUGAUCUGCCCCAUCUGCUUGGAGAUGUUCACCAAGCCGGUGGUGAUCCUGCCCUGCCAGCACAACCUGUGCCGGAAGUGUGCCAACGACAUCUUCCAGGCCUCCAACCCGCUGUGGCAGUCACGGGGGUCUGCCGCCGUGUCUGCAGGGGGGCGAUUUCGCUGUCCGUCAUGCCGACACGAGGUGAUUUUGGACCGUCACGGCAUCUUCGGAUUACAACGCAACCUGCUGGUGGAGAACAUCAUCGACAUCUACAAGCAGGAGUCUGCCUCGCCGGUUCGACCCAAGUCUGAGCAGCAGGUCAUGUGCGAGGAGCAUGAGGAUGAGAAGAUCAACAUCUACUGCCUGAGCUGCGAGACUCCCACCUGCUCCAUGUGCAAGGUGUUCGGGCCCCACCGAGACUGCGAGGUGGCCCCGCUGCAGGUCGUCUAUGACAGGCAGAAGAUGGAGCUGAGUGACAGGAUUGCCAUGUUGAUGGCUGGGAAUGACAGAAUCCAGGCCGUCAUCACACAGCUGGAGGGCACUGGCAGGACCAUCGAGGAGAAUGGCCGAUGGCAGAAAGAACUACUAUGCACCCGGUUCGACGCACUCUAUGACGUGCUGGAGCAGCGCAAGAAGGAGCUGGUAGAGUGUGUCAGCCGUGAGCAGGACAGCAAGCUGGGCCGCGUACGCACUCUCAUCCGGCGCCACGGCGACCACCUGGAGAGCACCGUCAAGUUGGUGGAGGCCGCUAUCCACUCCAUGGAGGAGCCGCAGAUGGCUGUCUUCCUGCAGAACACCAAGGAGGUUUUCAAGAAGAUCACGGAUGCUGCCUCGGCCUCUGACAUGGAGCAGACCGAACCCGGCUAUGAGAGCAUGGCGCAUUUUGUCAUUGACGCCGACCCCAUUGUCAAUGUUCUGCGGGCCAUUAACUUCCAAACAGCCCCUGUGGAUGAAGAAGGGGAGGAAAGCUUGGAAGAUCAGACUGACCGAGAGAAGGAGCUUAGGAGUCAGUAGGGCCUGAUUCCGAUCAAUGGGUUUUUUGUUUUCCAGGGAAGCUUCAAAGGGGAAUUUAAAGAAGGUUUGGCCUGAUCCCCUACGCACAUUGAAGAACUGAGUGUGCUUUCUCUCUACCCAUCGGUAUUGUAACACCAGUUAUAUUCCAUACACAGAAGAGGACAAAAAUGUGUCGAGGAACUACACUGAUUAUUUGGAGCCCCCUCAUCAGGUCCAUCUUGCCCACUCACUCAAGACUGAUUGUCUUUCUUCUGGAAGAACGAUCUUAACUAUGGAGGUGUAGUGAGAAAUGUACGAUCACAUGUAGAUCAGAAUGGAAAACAGAAAAUGAUUCUUUUUGUUCUGGCUUCCUGUUUAGUUCAUCUUGAUAUUACUUUCAUGUAACUUUGCAUGUCAGUAUCUUGGAGAAAGAGAUUCCCUUUCUAAAGGGACAGUGAAGGUAGAUCUAAGGUCAUCUCACAGACCAUUGAUAAGGCCAUGUAGGAUUCAUGUAGGUCAUUAGUUAUUAGGGUGUGUGUCCCUCCUUAACCUGCAGGCGUAGAGGUACUUAUUUGAAAAACCCGCUUUCAUUUUUCUUGAAAGGCUGCAUAGAAUUUAGGACAAAGGCCUUCCGGAAUGUCAGACCACUGAACAGAGGGGUCAGUCAGAUGUACUUCCAGUGAAAAACACUCAUCAUUAUCCUCAAAUGACUGUUACGCUAACAAGGGAUGACUUUAUCUGAGGUUGGUAUUUCUCAUUUUACAGUCACAGGAUAAAGACUUUUAUAUAAUCUAGAAACAUUUACUCAGUGCUUGCCUACUUUGCAAGGUUGGACUUGAAAUAUGAAUAGAUUUGUAGAUUUUAAAAAAUAGCUGAUUAUUUUCCUAAUAUCUUCUUUGUACAGAACACUAAUACCUAAUGAAUGUUGUUAUGACUGCGCAUUGUAAUGAACUACUUACUCAUUAAUAGGACUCCAUCAAUAAGAGGUGUUAGUGGGGUGUACAGGCCACUGUGUGGACGUCUACAAGCACUGUUGUAUAAUCUUUUACAUCAUAUAAGCCAAUAUGUCAGAGUUCAACAUGCUGUUGGUUUUUUUGAACACCCCCAGAAAGAAAACAAGCAGAUGACAUGAAUAUAUCCUAUAUUUAGCAAGCAUAAUUCGUUCCUUUAUUACAGUGCCCCAACUUAAAAGAUUUUGACAGAAUCAGCAGACAUGUUAAGAUUUUUUUUAUUACAAAAUACAGCUGGAAAAAUCUUUCAAUACUGCUACACCAACUGCUCAUGUCACUAUUUGAACCAUGAUUAAAUAUUACCGAAGAUGAAA